UACCAAUUGGUUAAUAACCAUAAUACAAUAAUUUUUUUUGUUUUGGAUGAAAAAUUUCUAUAUAUGCACCUAGUGCUUGUUUGUUUGUGCCAAAGUCUUUGAUUCGGUUGCUACAUUUGUAUAAGACAUAGAGGGUUUGGAUUGUGAUAGAUAGAGAGAGAGAGAGAUGGAGAGUAAAGAAAUUGGAAAGGGAAGUGAUGUUGGAAAAGAAAGUGAAAAUGAAGAGGUUCUAAAGAAGAUUAUUGCAAGCCAUCCUUUGUUUGAAGUAUUGAUUGAGUCUCACAUCAAUUGUUUGAAGGUUGGAUCUGAGGAUGCAGGAGAGUUAGAUAUAACAAGUGAUGCAUGGAAGAAAUUGGUCAACACAAAGUCCAAAACAACGACUAGUCCAAACAAUUCAGAGCUUGAUCACUUCAUGGAAGCAUUUUGCAUGGCACUGAGCAACCUCAAAGAAGUGAUUGAUGAACCGACAAAAGAAGCAAAAGCUUUCAUCGAUGCUACAUAUAUUCAACUGCAGGAACUUGGUGAAGGAAAUAACCUGCACCUUAAUUAUGAUAAUACUAAUUAGCAAGAAUGUUGAUGAUGGAAAAUUGUCUCGUUACUUUUUGUAACUAAAGAUUUUCUCUUAAUUGUUAGCACGAUUUGCCGAUUAGUGCAUAUUUUGAAUUAAUGUUUGUUUUAAGACAUGAAUCAAAUGAAAUCUCCCAAUUUAUAUCGAUA